AUGGAGAAAAGUCCAGAGGUAGAUGAUGUCACAUCUACUGAUGCAGGAACACUCCUGUUUGAUGCAGACACUUUACGAGGUAAAAAGAAAAAAAAAAUGCUUUUUUCAUUCCAUAGUAUGGUUUCAACAGUUGAAAACUUGAAUUCGGUUAAAGGGAAGACCUUACCCAUUCACAAGUACAUUUUUUUCAUGUGUAGUCCCUGAUAUAAAACCCCGGCUUAGAGUAGGCCAAACAAGAGCAAAUGAUGAUCACAUUGGUUUUCGCAAAAACGCCUUGUAAAAUCACUGAAAAAAUUUUAAUUUGCUGCAUUAGCAAUUGCAGAGGUUUACAAGAAUGAGGGUAACGAGGAGUACAACAAGAAGAAUUACAGCAGCGCCAUUAGCUACUACACAGACGGAAUUAAAGUGAACUGCAAGGAUAAAGAACUGACUGCCAAACUGUACAGUAACAGGGCGGCAGCGCAUUUUAAUUUGAGGAAGAAGUUGCCAUUGUAG